CUGCUGCUGCUGCUUCUGAAGCUGGUGCCACCGUUGCUGUUGCUGCCACCGUUGCUGGCGACUUGGGAAGCCGAAGCCCAGCGCCCCGGGAACUUGCACCCCUGGGCCCCCGGCGGCCGCCCCAGGCUGCAGCAGGAGGAGACGCGCGGCCGGAGCCGGAGGACCAAGAGGCGCAGCAGCCGGAGCCGCAGCCGGAGCCGGAGCCCGGGUGCGAAGAUGCACACGACGCAGAAGGACACGACGUACACCAAGAUCUUCGUCGGGGGGCUUCCCUACCACACCACCGACGCCAGCCUGCGCAAGUACUUCGAGGUCUUCGGGGACAUCGAGGAGGCCGUGGUCAUCACCGACCGCCAGACGGGCAAGUCCCGGGGCUAUGGAUUUGUCACCAUGGCCGACAGAGCUGCUGCGGAAAGAGCCUGCAAAGACCCCAACCCCAUCAUUGACGGCAGGAAGGCCAACGUGAACCUGGCCUAUCUGGGAGCCAAGCCAAGGAUCAUGCAACCAGGUUUUGCCUUUGGUGUCCAACAAAUUCAUCCAGCUCUUAUCCAGAGACCUUUCGGGAUACCUGCCCACUAUGUGUAUCCGCAGGCCUUCGUGCAGCCCGGUGUGGUCAUCCCCCACGUCCAGCCCACAGCAGCCGCCGCCUCCACCACCCCUUACAUUGAUUACACGGGAGCCGCCUAUGCCCAGUACUCAGCCGCUGCAGCCGCCGCUGCAGCUGCCGCCGCCUAUGACCAGUAUCCCUAUGCGGCCUCCCCAGCUGCCACCGGCUACGUCACCGCAGGGGGCUACGGCUAUGCAGUCCAGCAGCCUAUCACCGCUGCAGCCCCGGGGACAGCUGCUGCAGCCGCCGCUGCAGCUGCCGCCGCCGCCGCCUUCGGCCAAUACCAACCCCAGCAGCUGCCAACCGACCGAAUGCAGUAGGAGCAGUC